AAUGAAAUGAAAUAUGAUUUUCAAAACUAUGUUUCAAACACCAUCAUGGUCGAUAAGAGUGGUCGAGGAAAUUUUACCACAGUGCAACAAGCCAUCGAUUCUAUACCGUCAAAUAACUCUUUGUGGACUCGUAUCCUUAUUAACCAUGGUCUCUACAUGGAAAAAGUUGUGAUUCCUCGAAACAAACCAUAUAUCAUUCUUGAAGGCGACCCUAGACAUGAUACCGCAAUCGAAUAUGGAGAUUUUGGCAGUGUUAUUGACAGUCCUACAUUCAAGUUGUUUGCAGAUAAUUUUGUGGCACGGAAUAUAAUAUUCAAGAAUUCAUAUGACCGUCUUAUCACACCGGGUCCAAAUGGAAGAAAAACUACUUGGGCACCUGCAGCUUCAAUUUCUGGAGAUAAAGCAAGUUUUUAUCAUUGUGCUUUCAUUAGUUUGCAAGACACAUUGAGGGAUGACGUUGGUCGUCACUAUUAUUAUGACUGCUUUGUUGAAGGGGCUAUAGACUUCAUUUGGGGCAACGGCCAAUCAAUUUAUGAGAAAUGCCAGUUAAGAUCAGUAACAGACAAAAUAGGUGUACCUGGUUUUAUCACAGCGCAGGGUCGUAAGGGCUUAAAGGAAACUAGUGGUUAUGUAUUCAAAGAUUGCUACGUAAAUGGAACAGGCCCUAUAUUUUUAGGAAGACCAUACAGAGAUUAUUCAAGAGUAUUGUUUGCCUCCACAUAUAUGGAAAAUAUUAUAACCCCAGAGGGUUGGUCCGCAUGGGAAAAGAGAUCACUGGAUUUAAUCACAUUCUCAGAGGUGAAUUGCAAAGGUCCUGGAGCAGAUAUGUCCCAUCGUAUCCCGUGGGAGAAGAAGUUAUCAGAUCAGGAAGUGGCAUAUUUAACAAAUCCAGCUUCUUUCAUAGACCAAGAAGGAUGGUUGGGAAAACAACCCAAUUAA